AUGGAUCUGUUGCGCACGUUUGCCAGAGAAUCAUCCAUCCAUGGGUUGGCUCAUUUGGUGCGAAGCCAACACUGGCUAGAGAAAGCGUUCUGGCUCGUGAUGCUUGUCUUCUCGGUCGUGUGUUCGGUCAGCAUCUGCAACAUGCACUGGGAACGUUAUCAAAACAAUGCAACCGUACUGAACGUGGAGACGGACUACUUAAGUUGGCAGUUUCGUCCACCGGCUGCAACCGUGUGUUCCGAUCAUGUUAAUGAGGAAAAAUUAGAUCAACUGUUGCAAAGAUACUGGAACGUGAGUAGCAAUCACAGCAAUUAUGACCAUUAUAGACAGUUCUUACUGACCGUUGCUCGUGUACGGUACGACAAUUUGAUAAAGUUUGAACCAUUCAUCAACGACAGUAAGCUUGCGUCCGUUUCGGUGAUUGAUUUGGCCCGUGAAUUGAAGUCUCCACUCACGCCACCAUGGAAAACGUUUGCGCCCGUUCUGACGGAGGUUGGUGUUUGUUACUCUUCGACAAUGUUUUACACCUUUCAAAGCCCCUACAGUGAUCGCUCGCAAGUUAAUUACACAAAGGUACGCCCAGCGGAUUGCUACACGCUUGACGUCUGUCGGACGAUGGUGGCGAUGAGUCAUGUCGACUCCAUUAGAAAUGAUGUGUACAUCCACAUCGAGCAGGAUAUUAUGACGCCGGACAGUUCCAUCCACUACGUGCUAGGCCAGCACGAUAUCAUCAGCUCAUCGCUCUCGGUCGAACAGGUGGUUGCCUCGAAAGCGCUCAAACAAUUAUCUCGCCGAAGACGCAAGUGUCGUUUACCAACGGAACGGUUACUCUACUUCAACGUUUACACAAUUAAUUUGUGUCGAAUGAGCUGUCGUAUUGAGGCCGCCCUGCAGUUAUGUGACUGUGUUCCGUUCUUCUACAACAUUGGGAAAACUUCUUGCACACCGGCCGGACUUUACUGUUUGGCGGUACACUUUCGGGUGUGGUACAAGACGAACUGCACCUGUCAGCCGCUCUGCGAGUCCGUCUCCUUCAAGCAGGUGUUGGUGAAAAAAACGGUGCUCGAACAGGCAAAUAGUAAGCUGGAAACUCAAAUUAUCUACCCACGGAUGCGGAUGAAGCGUGACGUACUUUUCGACAUCAGCAAUUUAAUCGUGUCCCUAGGCGGUGGAGCAGCACUUUUCCUGGGCUGUAGCUUUAUCAGCUUUGUGGAGGUUAUAUUUUUCGUGUUGGAGUACGUCAUCAAAAAGGCUUACCAGUAUCACCACCGGCAGCGCGAACCUAUUCAGUCGUAA